AUGGUCUUCAGAUCAGCANGGUGCAGGAGCAGCUCCGCCGCCGUCUCAGCAGCUGCCUCCGACAGCUCAGUCUUGGCGCGGGUUUUAGAACGACUACAAAGACUUGAGGAUAUUGUUCUUACAAAAUCCGACAAAAUGUACCGNGACAAAGCCAGCGAAGAGUUUGGAAACUCUUCUAUUCCAGCUUUGCACGAGGAUGUUGUGCAAAACGAGAUAUUCCACACCAUCGGAAGGUCCGACACCUCACCACAAGCAAAUAUUGAGCAACACGAAGAUGAGUUUCGCGAUACAGAGAUCAUUGGAUCAAGGCCGACAGACACAACCAACGAAGAGGCGAGCUUCUUGUUUACGUCUGGGAAAGUAUCAGAAAUUGCGUUUGAUCUCAACCUCAGAAUGCCCAACCUGACCAACAUCUAUGUGGACGGUAGCAGGGUGGUUCGCCGUAUCUGCUUACCCGAAAGAGAGGAAGCUCGGAUUUUGUUCCAGACGUUCGCAAAAUCACUCGGCUCAUGGUAUCACAUCUAUCACAAACGGAGGGUCGAGAUUCUUCUUGACAAGACUUACUAUCAGAUUGCUUGCGGUCACAAUCCAGACCUUUCACACACAGCUCUGCUGCUGAGUAUAUUUGCGAGUGGAGCAUACUUUCAAGAAUCCAUAGCAUGGCCAGAGUGCGUCUUUUCCGAUACCAGGGUGGCGAACCAGCUGUCCAUGAAUUGGAAGCAGAAUACGCUGGACAUCCUGGAUCACAUAGAACGAUCCACCACGUCUACCACCGUGGAACAACUGCAGGCCACCAUUAUUCUGUCUCUGAUGGUACAAAAUUUUGAGGGUAUGUAUACAGUCCACGUUGAAGAUGUUGCCAUGCUGAAUUUCGAAGGACUGUCCAAGAAGUACUGGCUAUUGCACAAUACAUCAAUCACGCUCGCNAAAGAUCUGUCAAUCCAUGUUCUGGAUCAUCCAAGAAGAACUAAAUCUAACGAUGUGGUCGAGAAUGAGGUCAAAAGAAGGAUAUGGUGGUACAUUACAACCACUGACUGGUUGUUGGGCAGUAUGCCUAGCCCGCAAGAAGGAACGUACAGCAUCAACCCUCGACAUAGCCAUGUCAAUAAACCAAUGAAUGUCGAUGAUGACGAUCUUUCUGGGGAGAACGUCAGCGACAAGCCGCUAUCAAUACCGACCGAGAUGUCAUAUUUCCUGGUCAGGACGCAUGGUGGAGAGGUAUGUCGAAUUCUUGCUGAUAUGGUUCACCCGUUGGCCUCUGGAGUCAACAGUGUGGAUUACGAGGAGAUCGUUGCUCUUGAGCGGAACACUGCAACAAUCACAGACAACAUGCCGUUUUAUUUCCAGCUCGACGAGGAAAGUCGCAAGAAAACAGAACCAUAUCUCAGCAAGUACCCACAGUUGGCGACACAAAGAUAUCUCUUGCAACAAGGACUUCACUGUCAUCGAAGCCGCAUUCACCGACCAUUUCUCAUUCGUGGUUCUCUGGAUGCUAGGUUCCAUUUCUCUCGGACAGCAUGUUUAGAGUCCGUACGGAAAAGUUUGGAAAUUCGUCGACUACUGAACCAGGAAAAGCGUGGUGCGGUACUGCCCAUUGCAAGGCUGAACUUUGUCUUGUAUCAUAUAUUCAUGGCUGCACUUACAUUGGCACUCGACUUGUGCUUCAACAAGUCGGCUACUGAAGCUGAGGAUCAGAGUCGACGAGCCGAGCUGAAGGAAGCAUGCUUGAUGCUUCAAGAGUCAAGGACAGAGAUGCCGGCGGCUGAUCGUUUCUUGACUCCAUUGAUGGAACUACUGCGAAAGCACAAGAUCCAACUGCAAGACGCUGGACCGCCUAACCCGUAUUUGACUCCACCCGAGUCCACAGCGACACCAGGUGUGCGGACGAUACGCACAGGCAACUCAUAUCCUGGUCAGAGGACAACGGCUCAAGCCCAGAAUAUGGCGGAGCGCAAUGCUUCCGUUACAGUUGACCCUGAUCUGGACUUUGAUAGCUUGUGGCAAGAGUUUGUCAAUAUGGUCCCAGACUCAAGCGCUCCAGGAUGGGAUGAUCUUCUAGCCGAUUUUGAUCAGGCUAGCCUUUUCAUAGGCGUGUAG